AUGUCCUUACGCAGAGAAGAGGCAGAGCUUAAGCGCGCCUUACAGCUCUCAACACAACAAGCACGCACCAUCGCUCGACUCUCACCCCACUCCCUCUCCUCGUCGCGUACAGACGACUCGAAGGAUCUAGAGUUGCGCCCGAUCAUGCUCAUUGGAGAGACGCAGGAGACACCCAUCCGCCCUCGCCACUCCUAUCGCGUGCUGUCCCCGGACAUUGACUCUCCUCCUCGGGGCACGAUCGUCACGUGCGCGUCGCGUAUCGACACCUUUUCCUCCAACGACGCAUCGUCGCGCGAUACCCAGCUGUCGCACAUCAUUGACACCUCGUCUCGUCCUAUCGAGGUGCUCGAUACCCCAGCGUCCCACAUCCAGACAUCCUCGCCACCGGCCAGACGCACCCCGGCAAGCCGGCUAGAGGUCGUUAUCCCGCUACCGCUCCGCCGGGAUGCCAGAGGAAGCUCCGUCGACCCCAUUGACUCGUUUAACCCGUCCAGUCCCCAGCGUCCCAUGGACCCACCCUCGCUCUUCGAGUCGCGCAUGAGCAUCUCGCAUAUGGUAAACGACUCCAUCGUGCCUAGUUCCGCCAACAUGCCAAUGUCAUCAAUCGAGUCUGCGAACGCGUCGUCGUCUCGCCGCGAGAGUACCCGCGUCCGCGACAACAAGGAGAAGGAGGAGGCGGCCAAGGCCGAGAAGAAGAGGCAGAGGGCAGAGAUCAGGCGUCAGGCACUUGCAGAGCACCAACGCGCCAUCGCUGCAGGUGAAAUCCCUCCCGACCCCCCAAAGACCAAGGCGAAGAAGACGGCCGGCAAAGACAAGCCCAGUCAAAGGGACAAGGCAAGCCAGAAGAGUGCAAGGUCGAGCCAGACAUCACAGCCAAAGUCUACUCCUCUUGUCGACUGCACGCCAUUGCCGGAGGUCUACGAGUCUGGGGAGCGUUCCAAUACCUCGCCCCACAAGCAGGCCACGGCCGAACCCGCGGCGCCCAAGGCAUCAUCCAAAACAUCGCAGAAGCGCAAGACCUCGCCCUUCGUUGACAACUCUGAGCCGCCCCAGCCUGCCAAGCGGGCGGCGGCGCCCGCCAAACAGACACCCCGGGACACCGCCGCGGAGCCCGUCGCUCCACCUGUCCCAGUGUCCCCACCCAGACCUGCAACUCCUCCCCGUACUCUGCACCCAGCAAGGAACACCCCAGUCUCUGCCCCUGCCCGAAGCACACCCGGCAUCAGCUGGAAGGCUCCCCGCAACGACCUCUCGUCCGUGCUGUCCAAGUUCCCCAGCGCCAAGCGUGCGGGCAUGUCUCGUCGCCUCAAGAUUGUACCUCUGCACCAAAAGAUUGGUCCAGGAGCCAAGGCACUGCCCCCACCGCCGCCCAAGGCACGCAAGAAGGUAGAGUCAGAGGACGAGGAUGACGACGAGGAGGCCGAGGGCAAGGUCAAGGUCGGGAGCCGUGAGUGGCUGAUGAUGGAGGACUGA